UAAGCAAUCUCUAACUCAAUUUUACUGCUUUCGGGGUCAAAAUCGAGUUUUUACUGCUCUAUGAUGAUCGCUCAUCCUCUGAUCGGUCAAUUGUGGUGUUUCCAAUUUGUGAAUUUCGCCUCAGAACUCAGCUUCUAUUGAUCUGGGGCUUGCCUUUGGUUCGUGUGAAGUUUGUGCAUCUUUUUUUAUUAUUAUUUAGGUUAAAUUGAGAAAUUGGAGGAGGAAGAGGAGAAAUUGAGGGGAAAAGGAGGAAUUUUGUUCGAGUUUAUGCCUCAUUUCUUGAUCUCGAUUUCUGUUGAAAUCUGUGUGACUUCUGUAGUUAUUUAAGUUAAGGAGAGAAAUUGGAGAAGGAAAAGGAGAAGCUGAGGGGAAAAGGAGUAAUUUUGUUGAAAAACAAUCAGAACCUUGGCUGAAAUCGAUCUUGUUUACGCCUCGUUUCACGGUCAUCUUUUUUUAGCUGAUUUUUUGACCUAUUUUUGUUGUAGGAUGCUCGAGUGAUAGAAUUGUUUCAAUCCAAACGAUGGGUUGUGCUUCCUCCAUCCCGAAGACACUCCCUUCUGGAGGUAGAAAAAAGAGAAAGAACAGAAGUAGCGUUGAUGAGGUUGUGGUUUUUGUCCCAAUGCUUCAAGUUCCAAUGCCUGUUGAUUUCCUUCAUCCUCUAAGGGGAUUACUAUCUCGAGAGCUCAUUGAUAAACUAUCUUCACUCCGAUAUCGGAUUGUAUCAUUGUCAGAAGAAAAUGAUCUGGCAGAUGUAAAUGAUGUUGCUGCACUCCAGCAAGCUCUUGAAGAGUACUUGCCCAUUCUUCUUGGUUUGACAGUAAAAGAGCACAAUCUUGAAUCUUUGGUGGAGUUCAAGUGGAGGGUUCUCUGUGAAGAUGAAGAAGAAACUUGCAUAGAUAGUGCUUGGUAUGAAGUGCUAUCUGUGGUUCACUUGAUGGCCACAUUGUCAAUGUUGCAAGCAAACCUUAUGCUGUUACCUAACAAAUCUUCUGAUGAGUGUGAAAGGGUGGUAUCUGAAGAUUCAAAGAAGUUCGCUGUUGAUUUGUUGCUAAAGGCAUCAGGAUGCCUUGAUUAUUGUCUUCGUGGUGUUAUGGUCAAUUUGCCCCUGCACCUCAGGAAGAAUUUGCCACAUGGCAUGCAAGAGGGCAUGUUGGAGGCCAUGUCAACUCAAGCACUGGCACAGGGAGUAGAAAUGCAACUAGGAUUGGCUCUGGAAUGUGAAAAGGCUACUUUGUCCGUGAAAAGGAGGUUGGCGUGUGAGGCAGUCAGCUACUUUGCUCAAGCUCACUCCUGCUUGACAGGAUGCUAUACCAAUGAUGGCUAUGGAAAGAAACUACUCUUGUUCAUCCAAUGGAAGUAUCUUGAGGCUAAGGCAGCAGCAUAUUACUAUCAUGGUCUAGUCCUUGACAAGGGAAGUGCUCCAAGUGAUCAUGUGAGUGCAGUGUGCUGUCUUUUUGCUGCUGAAGAACUUCUCAGGGAUGGGAAAAAAGCCUGCUUAAGCUUCUGCUUGGCAGCACCGGUCACCAGGGUUCCUCCUGCUUGGGGUGUCAUGAAACAUGUGAACAAGAAAAUCCCUGAAACGGCAUCCAAGAAGGCUCAGAUCUAUGGCUAUCUUUUUGAGCAAGACAAAGGUUGUCAAUCCUUGCCUGACCUUCCAGAGUUCCAGCUCUCAUUAAAACCCGAUGAUUACAAUGUACCAGAUAUUGAUGCAUCAUGGGAUAAUGAGAAAUUUGAGCCUCAGAUUCAAUCUCUCAAGGAGCAUCUCAAAGAUGAAGAUGAAAUUGUAGAAACUUGAU